UGGCAAUGGCUAAUCGAACCAGAGCUCCUUCUUGUGCUGUUUACAUCAUUAUUCAUUUGCUCCUGCUCCUCUUCUCCUCGCUGGCUAACAAUAAGAUGGUCCUGGUGGAAGCAGCUCGACUUCCCGCGGCCAUGUCUGUUGGGAUCAAGAGUGAGGAGCAUGGUCGGAUAGCUGCCGUGAGCAAAGGUUGGAUUAAACGAAGUUAUUCAAGAUCCGACGCACACGGCGGUGGCGGUCCUCGCCAAAUAAUAUGCGCAGUAUGUUAGCAAAUGAAAUUGGAGCAAAUGUGGCCAACUUCUGAUGAUGCGCGGAUCCAUAACAAAACGUCGGAUUCAAUAUCUUUCUAUUCUACCUAGCAAAUAAAUGUACUUUCAUUAUUUGAACCAAUAAUGUGAGCUGGAAGAGUAGUGUCCAUUUUGUUCUGAUCGAGUGGUUAUGAG